AAAAAGUCAAGUUUGCCAAAGCUGUGCUGUGCUCAGUGCCAGCGUUCAGCAGCUUUCCUUUGUGCAUUCAGCGUGCAUGUGUGUUUAUAGGACAGCGUGUAUAUAGACAGCGUGACAGGGCUGAAAAACAUCACGCAGAUCUGGCAACCUUGUGCCCGGUGUGGAGAAAACCGCUGGAGCGGCGACAUCAAACGACACUGAUUUUGUUUGAUCUUUGAUCUUCUUUUUUUCUGGUUGUCCGUUUUGUUCAUGGGUUGCGGUGGAAGCCGGAGCGAUGCCAUCGAGCCCAGACGCCAUGAGAGCUGGACCAGAGAGACCGAGUCGACGUGGCUCACCAGUACAGACGCCGAGGGUCCUAACAACAGCAUCAGUAAAGGUGUGGAAGCACGAUCUUCUCUGUCUUCUAAAGACAAAAGAAUGGUUAACACAGGGAUACAGUGUGGAAAACCACCCUUAACCUCUAGCACAUGUACAAAUCAUCAGAGAAGCCAGCAAACGAAGCUGGAGAGCGUCCAAGAAAGCGACUGUUCCCUCAAAUGAUGUUUCUCGAAGCAGUGACGCAGCCUCAGACCCAGCAAAGCCAAAAUGGAGUUGAAGGAGUUCAUUCAUACAUGAAAAGGAGAGUAACAAAGAUUUUGGUCUGGUGAUAUGACUGUAAUCAGGGGCUUGAGCAGGUUUCAGCAGUCAAGAGAAAGGACACAUUAACAUCCCCCAGCAUACUCUCUGAAACAAAUGGCUCUGUUAUACUUUAAUGCCUCCAUCCUAAGGUUAAGCUGCAAGGAAAGAACCAAUAGUAUAGUCUAGGCCCAUAAAAAGCCGAUUCCAACUUGGCUAGUAAUCAUUUAGCAAAAAGUCUAGAUGUAUUUAUUCCCAUUUUUUGGGCCAACCGCUUUGCACAUACUGUAUAAGGACUGAACGCACUGUGAGCAGUGAAGGGCUUUUGUAAUUUGUGCUGCGUAUGUGUGUUUUUUUUCCCUUGUGUGAAAGAAAUGAGUUACUUAACAUGAAUUAUGUAUUCAUGAAUCAUGAAUUACUUACUUACUUCCAACAAACUAAAUCACAGUGACAUUAUCGGACAUGUCAAUAAGGUUACUAUUGUAAUGCUUCUUUAUUUAAUGAAUAUGAGUGGAAUGAUGGAACAGUCAUGAUGUUAACAUUUAAGUUUCUUGUGGUAUCAGGUAACAAACAACAUUUAAUGACAUAAAAACUAAUAACAGCAUAUGGAAAUAAGUUUUUUUUUUGUUAAUUAACAGAAAAGAUGCAGCAAGGCAGAGCAAAACGUAUCGUAUUUCAGACAUCAUCAUACCAGUAUACCAUCACACUCCCAGCUAUAAUUGUUAAUUAAAAUAGCUGCCUUUUAUUAAGUAUUCUUAAUAUAUCUACAAAUUAGUGUGUACUGUGUACGUUACUACGUUAUUUAGUUUUAUUUAUUUUUUCUUAAUUAUAGGCCUUGUGUCUCUUAAAUUGAUGGACCUCAAUAUUACUGAAUCAUAAAUCAGUGACAUUCAUAUUCAUAUGUGCUUUCUCUUGGUUUGAAAAUAAUUCAUUAUAUAAAUGCUCGAUUGGUAAAAUCUACCCGAUGACUAGGAUACAUGCACAGGCUCGUCUCUAAUUAAUAUAUUCAAACCACUUCAAAUUACAGUGUGCUUUGCGCUUUUGUGUGAUGUGUGAAUUAUAAUGUUUACUUUCAAAAUAAAGAAUGAGAUGGUGU